CACAGACACAUCUGUCGAAUGGUAGGCGUCGAUCGAAAGUCGCUCACGGGCCUCACCUGCGUGGUGCUCCCCUGGAUGAGCUACGGCAGUGUGAUGCAAUACAUGACGAAAGUCGGGUGGUUUUCUCAGGACGCCAUUCGAUUGAUCUAUCAAGUGGUGUCGGGACUGGCAUACUUGCAUGAGAAAGGAGUUUCCCAUGGGGACCUACAUGUCGGGAGAAUCCUCGUAGAUGUUGCCAGAGAUGUUCGUCUGGCAGACUUUGGGCUGGCCAAUUUCGCAGACUCGGCGAUGAGUUGCAGCUCAGCGUUACCCGGUGCAACACGCUGCAUGGCUCCCGAGAUAAUCGAUCCGACCCUCUUCCAGCUUCAGCGUGUACGGCAUACACCCGCCAGUGACAUGUAUUCGUUUGGACAGGUAUCAUGGCAGAUAUACACGGGUGAAAUACCGUUUCCUGACCUGGCCAUCUGUCAGGCGAUAUUAGCUAUCCUCGAGGGCAAGGGCCAGGAACGUUCUCUAUCUGGCAGGGAUGUCCCUGACGCACUGUGGGAUGUCAUGGAGGCGUGUUGGCAUUUCGAGCCGUCACGGCGU